CUCGCGUCAAUUUUCCAUAAUUCACAUAUAUUAGCUGCCAACACGAAAACUAAAAUUGCAAGUUUUCCGACUUUCUUUACCAACCCAUCCACAGUCCAUUGUUUUGUUUAUGAGUCGGCAACAAAUCAAUUUCUCUUCUAACCCCAUUCUUAGCCUCUUAGCUUAUCUUCAAAACAAACAAAGAAAAAACACACAAAAUUUGAUCUCUCUCACGCCGGCAAAAAUGAAGCACGGCGAGGUUAUUAUUGUUGUGUACGAUGUUGUUCUUGUUGUUUUAUCCAUCGCGCUGAUAAUUCUCGGCGUUCUUCUCUUCCUAUGCUGCAAGAAGAAGAGGCCGGCGGUUGAGGAUGAUGGGAACGGGUGCCAUAAAGCGGCGAAGCUAAGCGCGGCGGCGUAUACUUUGACGGAGAUGGACGCCGCCACGGACGGGUUUAACCCGCGGCGGAUCAUCGGAAAAGGGCGUUUAGGGGUGGUGUAUUCCGGGGUGUUACCGGAAGGGCGGGGGGAGCUAGUGGCGGUGAAAAGAUUCCAUCCGCGCCUGGUUCUGAGCAACGCCGGCGCCGGGUUCGGGUUCUCGUCGCUUCUCCGGUGGCUGUCGUUGGCGGAUCACCCAAACCUCGUACCCAUCCUGGGAUUCUCCGAAGCUCCCGGGGAAAGAAUCGUGCUGAUGGAGUACGGCGGGAUGCUGAGCUUGGAGUUUUACCUCCACCAAAACCCCGACGCGGCGGCGCUCCUCCACUGGCCGCGGCGGGUGAAGGUGGCGGCCGGGGUGGCGCGUGGGUUGGAGUUUUUACAUGAAGGAAUGGCGCCGCAUAUAGUGCACGGUUGCGUUAAGGGAUCGAAUGUUUUGAUAGAUGUGGAGUUUUGUGCUAGAUUGUGUGACUAUGGGCUUUAUUUCUUGGCAUCAAAUGAGAGGCAAGAGGUAGUGGGGUAUGUGGAUGAGGAGUAUUGGGGGGGAGGGGGAGGGGGUUCAAAGGAAAGUGAUGUGUAUGGGUUUGGGGUGGUUUUGUUGGAGCUUUUGAGUGGGAGAAAGAGUCAAGAAGGGUUGCUUGUGAAGUGGGCUUUGCCCUUGCUUAAAGAAAUGAAAUUUGGGGAGGUUUUGGAUCCUAGACUUGAAAUUCCUUGUGACAUUAACCCUCUUGUUAGGUUGGCUAAAGUGGCUUCAGCUUGUGUUGGAAACUCUAGGAAAAGCAGGCCUACUAUUGUACAGGUGGCUGCAAUUCUGAACAAUUUAGAGAUCGAAUUCAAUCUAUGAUUGAAAUUUUUAUCAUGUCAAUCAGUAUUAGUCUGGAUCAGCAUUUUAGAUCUAAUUCCGAUCUCUAGAGUUGAAGGAAAUGUGAUGGAUCAAGAAAUUGGUCAAGAUUGGAAUGUGAAAUUUUGAUUGUGUGAUGUGGUGGAAUGCCAAAACUAUGGGAUUUUGUAUGGAGGAAAAUGGUGAAACGCCAAAAUGCAGAGUUUGGGCGGUGGAUUUGUCUUCACUUCAAUCAAUUCUUUGUGUAUAUAUAUACAUAUAAUUGAAUGGGCUAUUCUUGUUUGGUGGUAAAUGGGGGACCUUUUCCUUGAAAUUGUGCUUUUAAAUGAUGUUUGCUUUCGGUUUGUCAUUUUAUUACUUGUUAGAAUACAUUGUAAACAAAGAAUUAUUAUUUCGGGAAAAUAAUAACAGUAGAAUUUUUUAAAA